AUGUCGCGGUUUAAACUGCUAGAUCAGAUAAUGGUAUGCAACAAAGCUAACAUACUUGCAGUGCAGUCACGGAUUAAAAGCGUAAAUAACCCAUCAGUACUUAAAACCCUUUUCAAUCUCAAAUUUAAAUACUAUUCUGCAGCAGCAAUAGCUUUAAAAACUAUUUCAUCUUCUUCCCAACUCUUCACGCCAAAACCCCCUCCCCUUUUAACUUCGAUUUGGACAAAGCGAAGAAAACUAUGCCGACGGCGCGCCUCUGCUGGUGAAGAACGUGCAUGGUGGGUGUGGGGAAUUGCUGAACGUGGGUGGAAACCGUUGCCAUGUCGUGGGCAGUUGCUGCGGCACCGAUUUGCUUCAAUCUGCUUAGGGUUUCUGCUAUACCCUAUGUUCUUUUGGGCUAACAGGCUAGGGCUAGCAAUUUGGGCCUUAUUAGGCCGAAUUUGGGUUGUAAUAUGGACUCCCACUUAGUUUUAUUUCAAAUUGGGUUUUAAUGGGCCCGGGCAAAAUUGGGUAUUACAGCUAUAUUUUAAUAUCUAAAAUGUUAUUUAUAUUAAUUAUUUAAACUGUAUUUUAAAUUUAUAUUUCAUGUAUCAAAAUAUUAAUAAUAAGUUACAAUAAGUCUUUAUGUUUUUA